GGCUGCUGGGCUUAGUGGGUGUGGCCACAUGACUGAGGUAUAAAAGCGUCAGCACUUGGGCCAGGUGCACCUUUGGAGUGAUUGGCAGAAGAGAGUAGCAUCCAUCUACCUGCUCCCAGAGAAGUCUGCAGCCAGGUGUUUGCAAGUGGCGGCUGGAGAUAUGGAGGCAGCUCAGAGGCUCUCCGAAGUUGAGUCUCCCUGGAAGGCCGGUACAGGUUGCAAGCCCUCAAGCCAUGCUGUAGAUUCUGAAGUGUCUUCGUGUUCUUAUGGUUCUGCAGAUUCAGCCUGGUCAUCUCCUUUGGCCCAAGACCUCCACCAGGAUAAUGCUCAGGGGACAGCAGAGCUGGCUGCCAGGGGCAAGCACAGUGCGAGUUGGGAGAGGCCCCUCGGCGUGGGUGUGGGUCUCCUGAACACAGGCAACAGCUGCUACCUUAAUGCAGCCUUGCAGUGUCUGACACACACCUCACUCGCCAACUACAUGCUCUCCCGGGAGCAUUCUCGGAGCUGCUGUUACCACCCGGGAAGCUGCACAAUGUGUGCUCUGGAAGCUCAAGUUAAUCAGAGUCUCCUCCACUCCAAGGAUGUCAUGGAGCCCUCGAAGAUCUUGACUGGUGCCUUCCACCGGCAGAAGCAGGAAGAUGCCCACGAGUUUCUGAUGUUUACCUUGAAUGCCAUGCACGAAGCCUGCCUUCAAGGGAGAAAGCCUUCAGAAGAAUCCUCGAAGGACAGCACCCCGAUCUACGAGAUAUUUGGAGGCUCGUGGAGAUCUCAGGUCAGGUGUCUCCAGUGCCAGGGCACCUCAGAUGCCUUUAGCCCAUUCCUGGAUGUCCUACUGGAUAUCCAUGAGGCUCACAGUGUGAAGCAAGCCUUGGAGUAUUUAGUGAAGGCCGAAGAACUGUGUGGGGAAAACGCCUACUUCUGUGACCAUUGCCAGGAGAAGACGCCAGCUUUGAAGAGCCUGGCAAUCCAAGGCGCCUCGAAGGUUCUGCUGCUGGUCUUGAACCGCUCCUCAGACUCCGCGGGUGGCAAAACGGACAGGAAAGUAAGGUACCCCGAGUCCCUUGACCUGAGGCCAUACAUGUCUCAGUCUAACAGAGGACCGUUGGUAUAUGCCCUGUAUGCCGUGCUGGUCCACGCUGGUGCGACUUGCCACUCUGGACAUUACUUCUGUUAUGUCAGGGCUGGCAACGGGAAGUGGUACAAGAUGGAUGAUUCUACAGUUACCAGGUGCGAAGUGGCUUCUGUCCUGAGUGAGUCCGCCUAUCUGCUCUUCUAUGUCCAGGGGACCGAUGGCAGAGGGGACAGUGUCAAUAGGCCAGUAGGCACAGGAAACAAGGCUCACGCUGGGAAAGGCUGGCAGAAAAAGCACAAGAGAAGAUCUUGUGUGCAGGCCGCAGAGCCACGGCGAGAGCCGGAAGAGGCUGCGGCCCAAGCAAAGUCUUUAGACCAGUGGAAG